GACAUGGUGAAAAGGCAAUCCAGCUCAUGAUCGACGGCACCCACCGAACACCCGUUCCAUUCCAAUCAUUCCAUUCCAUUUCAUUUCAUCUCAUCAUCAAACAGACGCAAACGCAAACACAGAGGAGGAGGAGGGACCGACGAAGGAAGCAGAAUUCACAGAUCCAUUUGUCGGUGGAUCAUCUCCUUCAUCAUCCCUCCUGUUCAUAUUAUCAUCCCCCCCCCCUCCCCUUCUUUUCUAAGAUCAAUCUCGAAUACCACCAGCUGCUUCUCUUAGAUGGAUCACUUUGGUGUUCUAGUAGAGAGUAUUGGCUUUAAAGCACACGGCAAAUCCUCCGCCCCUUUGGCCGAUUUGAAGAACACCAACAAACCUAAUUUCACUUCCAAUGGCUUCCCAACAGAUAUCGGUUCCAAUUCCACAAACAAACCACCAAAUUCUGAUUUCGAUGAUGUGUUUGGGGUUUUCAACCGUUCGAAUACUUAUAGUGAUGAUGUGUUUGGGGUUUUCAAGGGUUCUUCUGGUGAUGUGGUUGGGAACAGGGAUUCAGUUGAUGAUUUGCUUGGGAGUUUUGGUGGGAUGGGGGUUCAUGGAAAUCUCAAUGCAAAUGUGAUGAUGAAAAAGCAAGAAACUGUUUCCGAACCCACAGAUCUGCUAUCGGAUUUUGCUUCUUCACUUAAUCGAAGGAAAGCAGAAGCAAAUCCUGCUGUUGGACCAGCCAAAUCAUUUUCAGCUACAGCAGAAGAUCCGUUUCUAAUGUUUGAGAGUGGCUAUCAUCAAGUAAAUAAUAAUGGAGCUUCUGGUGUUGAUGAUUAUCUAGAUUCCUUUUUCACUUCAGGCGCUCAGUCAAACACCAGAUCAACCCAGAGCUCUACCAAUAAGGAUUCUGUGUAUGAUGCUCUUUUCAACAACAAUGUUGUUGUUCCUAAGAAACAGAACAAGGCGGUGAGCACAAAACAGGCAUCAUCCUCAAAAGCAGCAAAUAGUAGCGAUGACUUCUCUUAUCUUUUUGGAAUGGGAGUUGCCCCUCCAUCACGAGAAUUCCAGGAAAUUGAAGGGGAAAGUGAAGAGAGACGAAAAGCAAGAUUCAACCACCACAUGACAACCCGCGAGCGAAUGAAUAAUGCACUGAAUGAAAAGAACAAGCGUGACCUUCAGGCGCAGCAAGAGCAAGACGAGAAGCAUAGGGUUGCUGCAACUCUAGAGGGUGACAUAAAGCGUUGGGCGGUAGGAAAAGAAGGCAAUUUGCGUGCACUGUUAUCUUCAUUACAACAUAUACUAUGGGCUGGAAGCGGGUGGCAGCCAAUUUCGUUGACUGAUCUGAUAACAUCCACAGCCGUUAAAAAAGCUUAUUACAAAGCAACACUAUGUGUUCAUCCAGACAAAGUUCAGCAGAAAGGCGCCAGUGUUCAACAAAAGUACAUUGCAGAGAAAGUUUUUGAUCUUUUAAAGGAAUCGUGGAACAAAUUCAAUGCUGAAGAAUUCAAGAAACAAUGAUGUUUUCCAGCAACAGGUGUGUAUAAUAUGAUGGCAGGUGAGUUGUUUUUGGACUUGAGAUUUAAUCAAAGUAAUAGGAGUUAUGUAUAUGAGUACUUGAUGUAUUCUUCUAUUCAUAAGUUUGUUUCUUCAAAACAAAAGAAAUACAUCCAUUCGUUCCUUUGCUGUUGUAUGUCGUCUGGGAAAUCAUUUAUUUAUUUUAAUAUAAACAACUAUUAUUACCAUAAA